ACCACGCUUCCGUACGUAGCCACGCAUGUCAACGUUUAAAUAACGUGCGGUGAUCUAAGUUCGCAGUUUUUGGUUUUGGAGUUGACGGUAUUCGAUUCUGUUACGUUCCGAAAAUAAAUUCAAAACAGGCUCUGUGCAAGAUGGCCCUGAACAAAUCAAUGCACCCCAGGAACCGAUAUAAAGACAAGCCUCCAGAUUUCGCUUACCUGGCCUCCAAGUACCCAGACUUUCAAAAGCACGUCCACACCAGUCUGACUGGCCGUGUCGGGCUAAACUUUAAGGAUCCAGAGGCGGUGAGGGCCUUGACUUGCACGCUGCUGAAGGAGGACUUUGGGCUGAGCAUUGAGAUUCCUCUGGAGCGCCUCAUCCCCACUGUCCCAUUGCGGCUCAACUACAUCCACUGGGUAGAGGAUCUCAUUGGCUCCAUUGAUGGGGAUGAGACAGCUGUGGAAGGGCCCCGCAGGGGUAUUGACAUUGGCACCGGUGCCUCCUGCAUAUACCCACUGCUUGGAGCCACCAUGAAUGGCUGGUUCUUCUUGGCAACCGAGGUAGAUGACAUCUGCUUCAACUAUGCCAAGAAAAAUGUGGAGCAGAAUGGGCUCUCAGACCUCAUCAAAGUUGUCAAGGUUCCACAGAAAACCCUGCUGAUGGAUGCUCUGAAGGAGGAGUCAGCCUUGGUGUAUGAUUUCUGCAUGUGCAACCCACCCUUCUUUGCAAACCAGUUAGAGGCCAAGGGGGUGAACUCAAGGAACUCAAGACGUCCUCCACCCAGCUCGGUGAAUACUGGGGGUGUGACGGAGAUCAUGGCAGAGGGGGGAGAGCUGGAGUUUGUGAAAAGGAUCAUCCAUGACAGCCUGCAACUGAAGAAGAGGCUUAGGUGGUACAGCUGCAUGCUAGGAAAGAAGUGUAGCCUGGCGCCUUUGAAGGAGGAGCUGAGGAAACAAGGGGUGCCCAAAGUGACCCACACAGAGUUUUGCCAAGGCCGAACCAUGCGCUGGGCCCUUGCUUGGAGCUUCUAUGAUGAUGUGAGCGUGCCGUCUCCACCCUCGAAGAAGCGAAAGAUGGAGAAGGUUCGCAAGCCCCUGUCCUUCUCGUUGCUGCUGCCCACAGUGAAGUUGCUUCAGGCCAAGGCUCCCUCCAUUGGCUGCUCAGCCCAUGGAAGCCUGGAUGUGGUGACUGCCUGGGUGGAGAAGACACUCACUGAUCUGCGGGUGCUGCAUAAGAGGGUCCCCAGUGGGAAUGCAGAGAGGAGCCUUUUUCUGACAGCAGUGGAAAACUCCUGGAUCCAUGUCCGCCAAAAACGCCGGGACCAGCGGCGACAACUGAGGGAACUCCCCAGGGCACCUCCGAGUGGUGACGGUGCAGUGUCACAGACAGUGGAGAAUAGCCCCCACCCUGACGGCCCCCAUUCUGACAGCCCUCAUCCCAUGUGCAGUGAAAGGCCCCGAGGUAUGGAUGUGGUGGAGGACAAAGGUGGGGUUAACAAUGGAUCUGACAUGGUCACAGAAGAAGUGGCCACCGGUGCAGGCUGUACCACGCCACCACCUAGCUCCAGCUCCACCCAACCUUUUCUGUUUAAGUGCCUAACUAACAUGAAGCUGGAGGGGACUGGAGAAGGGGUGAAGGAAGAGGGUGAUGUAACUUUGCAGAUGCAUUGGGUGGAGGGCCAGAAUCGUGACCUGAUGAACCAGCUGUGCACCUACCUGAAGAACACCCUGCUCCGUCUGGCCUCCAACCCCCAGUGACCCUGCCUGCAGCCCUGUUCAUCACAGUGCUCACCUUCCAAGCUGUACAUCAAGACCUUAGCUUUCAUUUAUUUCUCUUACUUUGUCUACUGUAACUUGAGUACAUAUUUACUAGAAAUUGCAGUAUUUCUAUAAUCAUAUCAAACUUUAAAUGAGUAAGUUUUAACCCUAAUAUGUUAAA